AUGGCGUGUUUCCGGCCCACGUUUCAAAUUCCCGGUCUCAUCACGUCAAAGGCAUCCUUUCCUCUGAUCAACAGAAAAGAAAAUGGUACUAAUACACUGUGCGUCAGGACCUUCUGGUUCUUCAAGUCGAAACAGAAAUCCAUCGAAAACGUUAGCGGCUCGUCGAAGUGUCCGAGAAAAAAAUCGAAAAAUAAGGUGCAGGGAUCGACGGAGAGCAAAGGAAAAGUUUGUAACUGCGUGGAAGAGAAGCCAGCCGAGAUUAAGUUGACCUGGUGGGAAGAAAUAUUUGGGCCAGAUCCCAAGAGAUUCUGGCCAGAUCCUUGCAUUUGUCGACUGGCUGUUAGGCAAAGGCGGAAAAUACGCAAACAGGAUUCGAGAUUGUUGGAUCCACGGUACCAGGAAACCGCCGGCGACGUGUUUCUUUACACUGAGCAGCUGAAACGGCACAGUCGGCCAUGUUUGGAACCGCAACCGAAACCACCGCCGGCGUUCAAGGUACCCAAGGCUGUGCUGUAUAGAAUGAUGAACGAUAGUGAUGAAAGGAAAUCAUUUAGCGACAUCGUUAAGAUCCAUCAGUCUGACACAAAUCUUAAGAAUUCGUUUGAUACGGAACGAUACAGAAUUCCAUACGAGGAAAUGAGGCCGUCGACAACGAGAAAAAGAAGAAUGUUUAAUUGCCGCGAAGGAAUUCGAUCGGAAGAUAUUGUUAAGCCAAUCAGCGCGGAACUGAAUAGUUUCGGAGUACCUCUCAUUGUUCAGCAAUCUAAUAUACAGCAAAGGAUAGAAAGCAGUAAUGAUAAAUGUUCUAAAAAAAUCGAAAAAGCUCCAGUUACAAAAAACAACAUUUUGAAAGAAAUUUCACAGAAGCGUUCCAGAAUAGAACAACUUAAAAUUGAAAUACAACAAAAAGAUACAUCGAGAUGCAUCGCCUUGACCGAUUUCGAAGGAACCAAAAUGAUCCGUUCGUGA